AUGAGACAGUCACUUGCUGUUGUGCUAUGCGCAGCUGGUCUUCUUGCCGCAGCCUACACCGUUGAUCCUCCUACAACAGCUCCAAGUGAUACCAUACAGGACUGUACAUCUUGGGAUGUUGUUUCAAGUUCAGAUACUUGCCAGAGCAUAGCUGAUUUUGGGUUCAUCACACUUGAUCAACUCUAUGCAUACAAUCCAUCUCUAGCUAAAAGCGGAUGUCCCAUUAUAGCGGGAGACUCAUAUUGCGUUGAGCAGAAUUUUGGAGUGCCACCACCGCCUUCUUCCACCUCAAAGGCGGCUUCGACUACUACAACAGGCAAUGGAGUUACCACGCCAACACCUACACAGACUGGCAUGGUCAGCAACUGUAACAAGUUCCACAAAGUAGUCUCAGGAGACUCUUGUGCUGUUUUGGCGUCGGCCAACGGCAUCAGCCUGGAUACCUUUUACUCUUGGAACCCUGCAGUGGGAACCUCAUGCGCAUCUCUAAUCCUUGACUACUAUGUCUGCGUUGGUGUCAUCUCGCAGGGUGGUUCAACUACCACUAAGCCAGGCAAUGGGGUUUCGACUCCUGGCCCAGUACAGACGGGGAUUGUUAGCAACUGCAACUCAUUCCAUCUUGUGGUGUCCGGCGAUACCUGCCCUGACAUUGCUUCAAAGGCCGGUAUCAGCUUGGACAACUUUUACGCGUGGAAUCCCGCAGUCAAGAGCGAUUGUACUCAACUUCUUGCCGGUGAUUACGUCUGUGUUGGAAUCAUCGGCGGUCCGAUUCAAACUGGCAUGAUUGGCAGCUGUAACAAGUUCCAUCUAGUUGUUUCUGGCGAUACCUGCCCGGAUCUUGCCACGAGCAAUGCCAUAACUCUUGCCAACUUUUACGCAUGGAAUCCCGCAGUAAAAAACGAUUGCACAUCGCUAAUCGUGGGAGACUAUGUCUGUGUCGGCAUUGUAGGCGGAACAACAGUCAAACCUACAUCGACGUCUACUAAGCCCGGUAACGGAAUCUCUACACCUGGCCCAAUUCAAACUGGAAUGAUUGGCAGUUGUAAUAAAUUCCAUUUGGUUGUUUCUGGUGAUAGUUGCCCUGCUCUGGCCUCGAGCAAUGCCAUAACGCUUGCCAAUUUUUACGCAUGGAAUCCUGCUGUGAAGUCGGACUGCACUGCGCUCAUCGUGGGAGACUAUGUCUGUACCGGCAUGGUCAGCAAUUGCAACAGUUUCUACCUGGUGAAAUCAGGAGACUCAUGUGCAACAGUUGCUGCAGCAAAGGGUAUCUCUCUUGAUAACUUUUAUAAGUGGAAUCCUGCCGUCGGAACUGGUUGCUCGUCUCUGUUGGUUAGUUACUAUGUGUGCGUCAAUAUUGUUGGUGGCCCUACUCCCACGACGAUGAAGACAUCAAAGACUACCCCGGGCAAUGGUGUAGCCACACCAACACCCACGCAAGCUGGUAUGGUGACCAACUGUAAGAAGUUCCAUUUAGUGGUUUCUGGUGAUUCGUGUCAAGCGAUCGCCACCAACGCCAAAAUUACUCUGGCAAACUUUGAGAAGUGGAAUCCUGGUGUUGGUAGUACCUGUAGUUCGCUUUGGUUGGGUUAUUAUGUAUGCAUCGGCCUCAUAUGA